CAGGCAAUACAAAAUGAUUUAUGAUAGACAAAUUAACGUGAACUACUUUCGAACACACUUUUUAAUAUGUCUAAUGUGUUUUGUUUUAACGAAAUUAUAGGCGCAUUAAUUCAACUUCAGGAUUUAUUCAACUUCAGGUCUCCACUAGGUGGUAGUAAUGAGUAGACACGUGCCAUUCAGGAAGAAGAAGAAGUAGAAAACAAGGGGACAAGUGGAUGUCUUGUUGGUACAUGUUACGAACUUUCUCCACCGAGUUAGUUUGUUUUACAGUUAAAGUUGGUGGCGUUGAGGUAAGUAAGAUUGAAGGUCUUUCAGGUCUUCCUGCUUUCAGUGGAAAACAGUGAGCAAAGAUGGUGUCCACCAUCCCCAACAUCGACGUGAGGCAGAAAGAUGCUAAUCAAGCCUUGGUGGUUGCCAUCUCUUCCUCUGCGGUGUUUGAGUCUUCUGAUGACAUCGAUGGGGUGCAUAGUGUAGGCGUGGCCUUUUCACUGCUGCAGGCGCUGCAAAGUGUGAAUAGACGUCUUCUGGCUGAAAAUCCUGAGGAGUCGCUCCUCUUUGACGUGCUUCUAAUCACCACGGACAGCAGGGAGCAGGAACAAAGCACACGUAUCAUCAACAGCACCAAACAUUACGGCUUGGAUGUCAGCAGGUUCUGUUUUUCCUGCCAGGACAACUUCAUUGAGAGUUUACUCCAAAAUAAUGUGCAGCUCUUCCUCUCGACGGAGCCAGAUGAAGCUUUACGCGUGUCCCAAGAAGGUGUUUUGUCUGCGCUUUUGGACCAGCAGAAGUCAUCGUGUCCAUCAGAGCAGCUCAGAGUCUUGUUCUGUGAUGAUGAUGAUGAUGGUGGUGGCAUGGCCCCAGCAAACAGACAAGCCGCCCAGCGUUUCUGGUCUCGGCUGGGCGACAUACGACGAAGGUUCGGCAUCCUUGACAGCCCCCUCAGCAUCAUUGUGAUGACAUCCCAUAAAGGGAGGGACAGCUGUGGCGAUGCCCUAAUGAUGCUGCGUUCCCACGGCGUCAGCGCAGACGAAGCACACUGCCUGGCGGGGGCACCGCGUGGCCCCAUCCUGUCCGUACUGGCACCUCACUUCCUGCUCGGUGGUCUGCGGUGAUGCUGCAUCGUCCCAUGACUACCUCACCAACAAGUUCUCACACGACUCUGAAUGUCACAUGUCGCUAAGGGUUGAAGGACUGCAAUCUUGCACACUGCAGUCCAAAAAUUGUGUGCUCAAAAAUAUAAAUGUUUAAAUUAAAAUAAUUUUGUGUAAAAAUAGACAGCAAUGGGGCCGCACAGUGCAUGAGUGGUUAGCGUUGUAACGUUGGUGAAGAUGGCAAGGUGCAAAGAAGGAGAGAAGGGGACACAUCUUUGUACUUUGCAAUGAGUCUUGAAUGUAAUUGUCUUUCUGACAGUCUUUGUGAAAUUACUGGAACUUGCAACUUUCUUUGGCCCCAUGGCGGCUUAUUUUAUCAAUAGGGUUCUUUCUUUAAUUUUAAAUGCAUGAUACAUAGUUGGACAUUUGCAACUCCAUUAAUUUCCAGAUUGUUUUUGACAGUAUUGCUCUCCAAACAAAGAUGAAAAAAGGGACGAGAUGGCUCACUGCUUUGUAGCUUUCAUCAUUCUAAAUGACAGAUGUUUGUGUGUGUAUUUUAAGGGUUUGUCAUUAAAACUGUUCCAAUUUA